AUGUAAAUAUCACAUCAAUCAUUAUCCCUCACUAGAUGGCUGCAUGAAUAAGAUCAAUAGAAUUCUCCUUAAAUCUAUUAAGUAGUGAAUUAGAUUGUUAACAGGAAGCAACAUGCAUAGAAGAGAAGUGUGAGUUUGUGUUAAAGAAGAUACGAUUAAGAACCAAAUAAAUCAAAUCUUAUUGAUUAGAGCAGGAACAAAAGUCAAAUUUUUAGACCCCCAAGAGUUCCAACCACUCAAAACAAGAUUUUAGAAUUAAAAAAAGUCAUGGAAUUUCUAUAACACAACUAACAAUAUAAAUAUGAUACUCACAGAACAUUCAACUUAAAUGAUCCUAAGUUUUAAAAGGAGACCUUAUCAAUUAUUGAACAGAAGAAGGAAUAGUUUAAAAUCAGAUUAAAUCAAUAAUAAAAUAAAAGAUAGUUACAACUACUCUCAGAAAUCAAUUCUACUAACAUAUCGGCUGAUAGACGAAAUUAUAGUAAGACAAAAAAUUAGCUGAAAAAAACUCAUUUUAAAACAGAUUAGCAAAUUGAAAUUAAAAAAUCCAACUCGAUAAACAGAAUUUAGAGUAUCAAAGACAUAAUGCCCAAAAUUUUAAAACAUAAUGAAAUUCCUGGUCCACUUAAUAAAUAAGUCAUAUCAAAAGGAUUAGAAUUUUUAUAAUAAAUGGUAGAAAGACAAAAGGAGAACAUCUAGCAUUAUUUACCAAAACCAUAAAAAUAUUUGAAAUGA